AUGGGCCUGCUCGGCCAAUUGCGGCUCCUUCUAUGGAAGAACGCGUUGCAGCAGAUGAGGUCGCCGUGGUUCGCGUUGUUCGAGCUCGUCGUGCCGCUCAUUCUCAUCGGCGCCUCGUUCGGCAUACUCAUUGGGUUCUCCGAUCAAUUUCAAACCACCUAUGAUAAACGCGAGUAUCCGGCGUGGCCGGUGUCGGGCAGCGGCUAUGAUCUUGUCGUUCCCACGAAUCCCAACGACACCAAUAGCGCCAUCGUCGCCCCAUAUUUUCUAUACAAUUUCACGCCGACGUGCGAGUUCUUGAAGACGACGAAUCGAACGGAUCCCGACGGGAAGAUGGUGUACACGAUUGACGUGGCGUUGGCGUACUCGCCGAAGAACGACGUCAUCGAUCGCAUCAUGGAGAUUGUCAAGAAGCGGUACACCAUUAAAGAUGUGUUCAAAUUUCAGUCAUUUUUCAAGUAUCGCUUUAACGGCUCACUUCCGCGACUUGACACUAGAAUGACCAUUCACGGAUUCGACACCGAGGGCGAAUUGGUGAAAUACAUGACGAACGAGUUUCAAAGUCAAUGCGGCAAUCCACUACUCGCGGGCGUCGUGUUCGACGAAUCGAUUUCAAAAAGUCUCGACACUGCCACCAAUUUCAAGUACACCAUUCGACUAUCCAAUACUCAUCGACGUUCGGAGAAUGCGUUCGGCGAUGACGCCUAUCCAUGGGUGACAUCGAUGGUGUUCGGCUUGCAAAUCGUUAGCGGUCCGAUCAAUCCGAAUCAGGACGACGGCGGAAUGCCGGGCUAUUGGAAAGAGGGAUUCGUGACGAUUGAGCGCGCCGUUGAUGUGGCGAUUCAGGAGAUUCUCACCAAUCAAUCGUCAUUAGAGCCCAUAUUCGAUUCUUACUUUCUUGGUCGAACACCAUUUCCCGGCUAUACGACAAAAAUCAUUGAGGUCGGCAUCUUCUUCAUGCCGGUGAUCAUCAUCUUCUCGUUCAUGACCAGCGUCAUCUAUAUCGUGAGAACUGUGGUGAUGGAGAAGGAGGAUCGAUUAAAGGAGUAUAUGAGGGUGAUGGGCCUAUCGCAGUUCGUCAACUGGUUGGCUCAUUUUAUAGUCAAUUUUUCGAAAUUGCUCUUUGCCGUCAUUAUCCUCACAAUUCUUCUACACUUUGUCGCGGAGAAAUCUGACAUGACCGUUAUGUUCGUCUUCUUCGCCACCUACGCCUUCGACACCCUCUAUUUUGCGUUUGCGAUUUCGACGUUCAUGAACUCGGGAACAUCGGCGACACUUCUCGCCGUCGUCUUCUGGAUGCUUCUCUACUUCUGGUUCGCGUUCUUCACAUCAUUCGACGACAUCACACCCUAUUCGUUGGGAGUUCGCCUAGUGCAUUGCUUGAAUCCCGACAUCGCCUUGUCGUUUGGAUUGAACCUUCUCGCCUCCUAUGAGACGUCGGCUGGCGGAUUGCAAUGGAGCACAAUUUUCACUGCUCCGACACCCGACAACAAUCUAACUUUUGCUCAUGCUUGGCUCAUGCUUGUCGUCGACGGAAUCAUUCUUAUGAUCUUCACGUGGUACAUGGAAGCGGUGUUCCCUGGCGGUGAAGGUGUCCCCCAAAAGCCAUGGUUCUUUGUUCUCCCAUCAUAUUGGUUCCCGUACGGCAAACAUCAGCAAGUGUCGCCGAUACUCCAGAAUGAGAUGCGAUUCGGAAUCGAUGAGGAUCACGUGAGACUCGAGACGGAGCCAAAUAUGGAGCCAACGAUUAAUGUGGUCAAUUUGUCGAAGACCUAUGGAACAUCAUUGUUCAAAAAAUUGUUUGAUUGCAAAUUCGGGAAGAGCGGUGAGAAGAAGGCGGUUCGGAAUCUCAACCUCAAAAUGUAUCCUGGACAGUGCACUGUAUUGCUAGGGCAUAAUGGAGCCGGCAAGAGCACCACGUUCAGUAUGCUGACUGGUGUUGGAUCGCCGUCUGACGGAACGGCGUAUAUCAACAAUUAUGAUGUUCGGACGAGUAUUCCGAGUAUUCGGAAGCAGAUGGGAUUGUGCCCGCAGUACAAUACACUGUUCAAUAAGCUGACCGUCAUGGAGCAUUUGGAAUUCUUCGCGAAACUCAAACAACGUCAAUGGGAUCCCGACGAGGCUCGCGAGAUUCUUUCUCGCCUUCGAAUCGAGUUCAAGGCCGACGCUCUGGCGGGAACGUUGUCGGGCGGUCAGAAGCGCAAACUCUCAUUGGCGAUCGCGCUGAUCGGCGGCUCAGAGAUUGUGAUGUUGGAUGAGCCAACGUCGGGAAUGGAUCCCGGCGCUCGACAUGAGACCUGGACGCUGAUUCAGAGGGAGAAAACGCGACGCACGAUUCUACUCACCACUCACUUCAUGGAGGAGGCCGACCUUCUCGGCGACCGGAUUGCGAUCAUGGCGCACGGCAAAUUGCAGUGCUGCGGCUCGCCGAUGUUCCUGAAGCAGCAAUUCGGCGACGGCUAUCAUUUGACGCUUGUGUUCAACACUAGCGACAGAGCGGAUUUGAUCAAUACGACGCGCAUGAUUCAAAAGUACAUCGCUGAAGCAUCGGUGUACUCGUUUGUUGGCCAAGAAGCGACGUAUUUGCUGAACGCGAGACAUCGCGCAUUGUUCCCGAAGAUGUUCAAAGAGCUCGAGCAGCAUCAAGAGCAACUUGGGAUCACCUCGUUCGGCGUCUCGAUCACAACGAUGGAGGAGGUGUUCUUGAAGGUUGGCGAUCUCGCUGAAGAGAGAUUCAUGAAGGAGGAGGGAAAAUUCGACGAUCACACCGAACUGAUCGCCGAGAAUGAUCCGCAAUUGAGAAACCUUCGCUCGACUCGACGACUCACCGGAUUCCGACUGCAAUUGCAACACGCCAAAGCGAUGUUCAUCAAGAGGGCCAUCUACUUCUACCGCAAAUGGACCCAAUUUAUACCGCAAUUAUUGUUUCCGGUCGCCUAUCUGACACUGAUGGUGGCGACGUCGACGGUGGUGCCGACCGUUCAAGAGCAAACGCCGAGGGUGAUCUCGUUGGAUCCAUUCGCCAAUGAUGACACCGCCGGACACGUCAUCGCGAGAAACGUGAAGUACAAUGGAGAGUGGCUGAUCCGGAUGGUCAAUAAUACGGUUCAAGCUCUUGGGACCACUAACAUCAAAGUCGACGGUGCGCGAGACGUCGAUCGCUUCAUAAUUGACAAGAUCAACAAGAUCGGAUCAAGGACGUUCGGCCUUCAUUAUGCGUUGGCGUUUGACCCGCAGCAAAUCGUGGUCCCAGUUUUCAACACCACCAAGCAGAUAAUGAAAACACUGUUCAAUAAUUUUGGAUUUUACACGCCGGCACUAGCGAUUACCAUGACGGAUUCCAUCAUUCUAUCGCAGAAAAUGAAAAAGCAAUACACAUUUACGUCGAUCAAUCAUCCACUUCCACCGUCUACUCAAGAUUCACUGAAGACGACCAAAAAUGGAAACGUGGCAGCAUUUCUGAUCUCAUAUGGAAUGAUUGUCAGCAUGUCGGCAAUGAUCGCCGGCUACUGUCAAUUCUUGAUCACCGAGAGGAAGAAGAAGAGCAAACACAUGCAGCUUCUUUGCGGCGUUCGUCCACGGAUGUACUGGCUGACGGUGUUCAUUUGGGACGCCGCCUGGUUCAUCAUUCGCAUCAUCUGCUUUGACGCAAUCUUCUACAUCUUCAAUAUCCAGACGUUCACCAAAGACUUUGGGGUGAUUCUCAUCCUCACCCUUGCAAUGGCCUUGUACGGCUGGACGAAUAUCCCGUUCACCUAUUUCAUGCAGAAUUUCUUCAAGAAUGCCCCAACGGGUUUCAUGAUAAUUAUCAUGUAUAAUGUUCUGACUGGAAUGAUCGGAUCGAUCGCGGUGCCCAUUAUCUCGCAAACGUCGAAUGUUGAUAAUGGGUACACAUGGUCGAUUAUUUUUGGAUGGUUCUUUCCGACCUACGCGAUCUCGAAUAUAUUCUCUGUGACAUUCAGCAAUGAGAAUGUGAAGCAGGCAUGUCAGAAGCUUGACUGCUCGAUUGCCGCGUUUAAGAAGAUCACCCAAUGCUGCGGCACACCGGAUCAGAGGCUCUACGUCGACAAUGUGCUAUUGUCGGCGAAUCGUCAUGGCAUCAUGAUAUUCGUGAUAUUUCUUGGUGUUCAAGGCUUCAUCUUCUGGACGAUCGUCUUCUUGAAGGAGCUCGACGUGUUCGCCAAAAUUCUGGAGUUUCUGAAGCGAAAAAAUGCGUCAGCGGCGCUCUGGGAUAUCACCGACGUGUCGGGUGAGGAGGAUUCCGACGUGAUCGCCGAGAAGCAGGUCGUCAAGAAGCUUCUAGGCGACAGCACGAUGGCGUUGGUCAGCGAUAAUCUGGUGAAAUGGUACGGCAAUUUCAACGCGGUCAAGGGCGUCAAUUUCCAUGUGGGCAAACGGGAAUGCUUCGGGCUGCUCGGCGUCAAUGGUGCUGGCAAGACAUCGACGUUCCAGAUGCUCACUGGCGAGAACUCGAUAAGCUCCGGCGACGCUUACAUCAACGGUUGGAGUGUCAAGAAUCACUGGCGAGAAGCUGGCGCCAACGUCGGCUACUGUCCACAAUACGACGCUGUCAUCAAGGAGCUGUCCGGCGAAGAGACGCUGUACAUGUUCGCCAGGAUUCGAGGCAUCCCUGCCGAUGAGAUCGAUGAGAAGGUUCAAGCGGUGAUCCAUGCGAUAGGCAUCGGCAUCUACGCGAAGAGGCAGAUCAAAUCAUACAGUGGCGGAAACAAACGGCGGCUUUCUCUUGGAAUUGCGCUUGUCGGACUUCCCGACGUUUUGCUGCUCGAUGAGCCCACUAGUGGAGUCGAUCCAAAAGCUCGACGCAUCAUUUGGAACAUCUUGAAUCGCGUCAGAGAUCUCGGAACUGCGCUGGUCCUGACGUCGCAUAGUAUGGACGAAUGUGAGGCGCUGUGCACGGAACUAGCAAUCAUGGUCUAUGGCAACUUCCGAUGCUACGGAAGCUGUCAGCACAUCAAGAGUCGCUACGGAUCCGGCUACACGCUUUUGAUCCGAUUGCGCAACGCCGACGACUCGUUGAAAACGCAACAAGCGAUCUCGAACGCGUUCCAAGGCUCGAUAUUGAAGGAGAAGCACGUCCUCCAACUCAACUACGAUCUUCGAAGAGAUCGAAAUUCGUGGUCCGAAUUGUUCGCAAAACUUGAAGUCAUCUCGCAAGAGCUCAAUUGGGAUGACUAUUCGCUGUCGCAGACCACUCUUGAGCAAGUGUUCGUCGAGUUCAGCCGAGACAGUGCAGUCAGCGAUGAUGAUGAUCGCAAGAAUGAUGUCUCCUACGCUAAUGGGAAUUUGAUUAGUGACGAUUUGUAUUAA